AUGUAAAUAAUAACACAAUUGAUAUUAANUUCUUUGACUAUUUUUAAAGUCAAUCUUAAAAAUUAAUAAAAGAAUCUAGACUUUUAUAAGUCUGCCAUUCAACCAUAUUUACAUACUGAUUUACUUGGAAAAGAAUAUAAAGUUCCUUAAAGUUCAGAUUUUAUACCAAAGUAUUACAUUAGAUUUAAUAAAGAACAGUUCCAAAAGAUACACCUUAAUUGAAUGGAUUACCCUUUGAAAUAUUUAUUAGCUAAUAGAAACAUUUGAAUACUGUUGUUUAAGGUCAUUUAGACAUAGUUACUGCUGUUUGUGUUUUAAAUUUAAAUUAAAUUGCAUCAGCUGGUGGUGAGGGUAUACUGAAAUUUUGGGAUAUAGAUUCAUAAAUAUGUUUAGGAACAAUUGAAGCUCAUAAAGGAGAAAUUUGGUGUUUAUGUGCAAUAACAGAUGAUUUUAAUUAAGAUAUAGCUGAGAAAUUGGUAUCAGGAGGUAAUGAUAGAUUGAUACAUAUAUGGAAUGUUUAAUAUAUGACAUUAGAAUUUACUUUGGUUGGUCAUUUAGAUAUUGUGAAAAGUUUGUGUUAUCUAAGAAAGUUUUAAUAUAUUUGUUCUGGAGGUGGAGAUUAUAGAAUUAAGAUAUGGAAUAGAGAUAAAUGUUUUUAUACAAUAGAAGAUGCUCAUAAAAAGAUAGUUAGAACAAUUAUUUAAUUAGAUGAUGAUAAUUUUGCAUCUGGAGGUGAUUGUUUCAUUAAAAUAUGGAGUGCAUUUAAAGGAUAAUUAAAAUAUGAAUUAGCUCAUGGUGAUGAUGUUUAUUGUUUAAAAGAAUUACCAAAUUAAAUGUUGGCUAGUGGAGGAGCAGAUAGAAUAAUUAUUAUUUGGAAUUUAAGGGGAGGUUUUAAGGCUCAUAAAUUAUAAGCUCAUAAUGAAACAAUUACUUGUUUAGGAUUUCAUAAAUAUUUAUUUAGUGCAGGAUUAGACAAGACAUUAAGAGUAUGGGAAAUAAAGGAUUAAGCUACACUUGUAAAAAGCAUUAAAGUCCAUACUGAAUAAAUUAGUUGCAUAGCUGUUAAUCAAUAUAGAGAAUUAAUAAUAACUGGUAGUUGGGAUAAAAGAGUAAGAAUAGUAUCUUUAGAAUAUGUUAUUUAGAGAAAAUGA